AUGCAUCUCUACAAUGCAUGGUUGCCGCCACCUGUGGCGGCUCAGACCGCCGCCGAGAGAGACUCCUUCGCUCGCAUCAUCGCCGCCGUCAACUCUUCUUUCAACCGUGACGAUCCCGAAUCCGUUUACUUAACUCUCAAAUACAUCUCCGUCCUUGACCUAUUUAUAAAGGCGAAAAGUGUUGUGUCUUUGGAGGAUGUCCGCAGCCUUAUUCAGACCGGCCUUGAAUUAUUUCACAUGUCCCGUAAUAAGCUUUACCCCCAGGUUAGGUGGGGAAAUUUAUUAGUCAGACUACUCAACAAGUAUAGGAAAAAGAUUUCACUGACUAUUGAAUGGAGGCCUCUGUAUGAUACACUGGUUAGCACACAUUUUACUAGAAGUACAGGCCCAGAAGGUUGGAGAGUAAGACAACGGCAUUUUGAAACUAUAACUUCACUUGUUCAGUCCUGCCGAAGAUUCUUCCCAUCAGGUUCUGCCUUUGAGAUAUGGUCUGAGUUUAAAUCUUUAUUGCAAAACCCAUGGCAUAAUUCAUCAUUCGAAGGAUCUGGGUUCACUAGAUUGUUUCUCCCAACAAAUUUGGACAAUCAGGCCUUUUUUACACAUGAUUGGAUUACAGAGUGUCUAGAUUUGUGGGAGUCCAUACCAAAUUGCCAAUUCUGGAACAGUCAGUGGGCGGAUGUCAUAGCCCGUGUUGUAAAAAAUUACCACAAUGUUGAUUGGGAGGGACUCUUGCCUUUGCUUUUCGCUAAAUACUUAAAUAUGUUUGAGGUUCCUGUUGCAAAUGGAAGUGGAUCAUAUCCCUAUUCACUGGAUGUCCCAAGAAACACAAGGUUCUUGUUUUCCAAUAGAACUUCCACCCCUGCAAAGGCUAUCUCCAAGUCAAUUGUAUAUUUGCUAAAACCUGGUAGUUCCGCAAAACAGCACUUUGAGAAAUUGGUCAACAUUUUGGAACAAUAUUAUCAUCCCUCAAAUGGUGGUCGUUGGACUUACUCAUUGGAGAGGUUUUUGUUUCAUUUGGUGAUUCAAUUUCAGAAGCGUCUACAGAAUGAGCAGUUGGGCAUAAAUAAUUGUAGACCUACUGAACAGCAUCUUGGAGAAUCAGAGAGGGUCUUCUUUGUGAACACAAUGCUUAAGUUAAUCGACCGGGGACAAUACAGCAAGAAUGAGCAUCUCUCUGAGACAGUUGCUGCAGCAACUUCUAUACUUUCUUAUGUGGAACCCUCACUGGUUCUUCCAUUUGUGGCAUCUCGGUUUCAAAUGGCCCUUGAGACGAUGACUGCUACCCAUCAGUUGAAAAUUGCAGUUAUGUCGGUGGCAUUUGUUGGGCGUUCACUAUUUUAUACAUCUGUAUCAGCUUCUUCCAUGAAAAAGGUGGAUUUUGGUGGUGGUGAUGAAACAUUCAUUGAUCUUAUUGGGGUUUCAUUAUCCAAUGCAUUACUUGGCAUGGAUGCUAACGACCCUCCAAAAACUUUAGCUACCAUGCAAUUAAUUGGUUCCAUCUUUUCAAAUUUGGCUUUAUUGGAUGAUAAAAUUGAUGACUUAUCCUUUAUGCCAAUGAUCCGUUUUUCUGAAUGGCUGGAUGAGUUCUUAUGCCGUCUGUUUUCCUUACUUCUACACUUAGAACCCAGCAGUGUUUUAAAUGAAGGACUUCACUCAUCAGCUUCAUCAGGAACUUUCCUAGUUGAUGAUGGUCCAUACUACUUUUGUGUUCUUGAAAUUCUUCUUGGGAGGCUUUCAAAAUCACUAUACAAUCAGGCCUUGAAGAAAAUUUCAAAGUUUGUGAGGACAAAUAUUCUUCCUGGUGCUAUUGCAGAGGUUGGUCUGCUCUGUUGUGCGUGUGUUCACUCCAACCCGGAAGAAGGAGUCAGUCAACUUGUUGAGCCAAUAUUAGUGUCUGUGAUAUCCUCUUUGAAAGGAACACCAGGCACUGGAUUUGGAGGAGCUGGGACUUUUGAUACUUCUGCUUCAGCCAAGGUUAGGUCCACAAUUUCACCUGCUCUUGAGGCUGCAAUCGACUAUCAACUAAAGGUAUUAUCAGUUGGCAUCACAUAUGGAGGUCCAGCACUUCUCCGCUACAAGGAUCAAUUAAAAGAAGCUAUCUUUUUGGCUUUUGACUCACCAUCUUGGAAGGUUAAUGGGGCUGCUGAUCAUCUUCUUCGGUCCCUUCUUGGAAGUCAGAUUCACUAUUAUCCAAUAGACCAAUAUAAGUGUGUUCUUAGUCACCCUGAUGCUGUUGCUCUUGAAGAAUGGAUUAGCACAAAAGAUUUUUCCACUGCUGAAAGGUUGAUUCCAAAGUGGCAUAUUCCUUGUGAUGAAGAAAUUCAUUUUGCAAACGAGCUUUUAGAUAUUCACUUUAAGUCUGCUUUGGAUGAACUGUUGAAAAUAUGCCAAACUAAAAUUCAUGCUGAUCAAGGAGAUGAGAAAGAGCACUUGAAAGUGACUCUUUUACGUAUUGAAUCAUCAUUGCAAGGACUCUUUUCUUGCUUGCCUGAUUUUGUCCCAGACUCUAGGAAUGGAAUGGUUGAAGAUCCAAAGAAUAUAUUUCUAAUUGCUGGGGCAACUGGCUGUACUGUUGGAACUACUGGUCUGAGAGAAAAAGCUACUGAGACUAUACAUGCAGCCUGCAAAUACGUCCUCGAGAAUAAAUCUGAUGACAGCAUCCUGUUGAUACUCAUCAUUCGAAUUAUUGACGCUUUGGGAAAUUAUGGAAGUUUGGAAUAUGAUGAGUGGUCUAGUCACAGACAGGCUUGGAAGUUGGAAUCUGCUGCCAUAAUAGAACCACCAAUUAAUUUUAUUGUGUCAUCCCAUUCUAAAGGAAAGAAGAGACCUAGGUGGUCUCUUAUUGACAAGGCAUUCAUGCACAAUACCUGGAGGUCUUCACAAGCAUCCUAUCAUCUUUACCGUACAAGUGGGAAUUACUCUCCAUCUGAGCACGUGACUAAUUUGAUGGAUGAUUUGUUGAGUCUUUGUUUGCAUAGCUAUGAAACUGUCCGCCUGCUUGCAGGAAAAUCUCUAGUGAAGCUGAUCAAGAGAUGGCCAUCUAUGAUUUCAAAAUGUGUCAUGACUCUUACUCCUAACUUGCAGGACCCCAAUGCCAAGGAGUAUUCAGUCUUGGGUUCUUGUUCAGUCCUUGCCUCACAGACAGUUCUCAAGCAUUUGACUACGGAUCAAAAGUCAUUCUCUUCAUUUAUCUUGUCAAUUCUUUCUAGUUCUCAUCACGAAUCCUUGAAAUCUCAGAAAGCAAUUAAUGAGCUUUUUGUGAAGUACAACAUCCAAUUUUCUGGAGUAUCUAGAAGCUUUUUCAGGAUAUCAGACACAGACAAGCAUACUGGUGGACUGGGUUUUCCCGAUUUGGUUUCUCAGAUUGGUUCUAUGAGUUUUGAUUCUACUGGCUUGCAUUGGCGGUAUAAUUUGAUGGCUAACAGAGUCCUUCUCCUGCUGGCUUUGGCAUCUCGGAGCCAUCCAAAUUCAUCAUCUAAAAUCCUGAGUGAAGCUGCUGGCCACUUCUUGAAGAAUCUGAAAAGUCAACUUCCUCAGACAAGGAUACUUGCUAUUUCCGCUCUGAAUACAUUAUUAAAGGAAUCACCUUAUAAGCUGUCUCCUGGUGAGAAAUCUGGCGUACUCAAGGAUUUGAAAGGCCAUGUCAAGUCAUCCCUUGAAGGAGCUUUAACCCAAACGUUUCAGGAAGAUGGUUUCUUCGAUGAUACACUCACCAGUCUUUCUCAUGUUCAUAUAAUUACUGAUAACGAAUCUGCUUCAAGGGGAAAUCAAGGAGAUUCCAGUAUUCAAAGCUUAGCAGACAAAUCUAUAACCCGUUUUUAUUUUGAAUUUUCGGCUUCAUGGCCACGUACUCCCAGUUGGAUCUCCUUUUUAGGAAGUGAUACAUUCUACUCAAGUUUUGCUCGUAUUUUCAAGCGGCUAGUACAAGAAUGUGGCAUGCCUGUAGUGUUGGCACUUAAAGGUGCAGUAGAUGAGUUUACAAUUGCUAAGGAGAGGUCUAAACAAUGUGUAGCUGCUGAAGCAUUGGCAGUUCCUGAGUGGUCCUCUUGCAUAAGAUAUGCAGUUACUGGUAAAGGGAAGUAUGGAACAAGAGUUCCUCUUUUGAGACAAAAAAUUCUGGAUUCCUUGAUGGAACCUUUACCUCCAACAGUAGCUACGACUGUAACAUCCAAGCGAUAUGCUUUUCUGGCUGCUGCACUUAUAGAAAUAUCCCCACAGAAAAUGCCAGUAGCUGAAAUCCAGCUCCACAUUACACUUCUGAAGGAAGUUCUUGGUAACAUGUGCCACUCCUCAGCCCAAGUAAGGGAGGCUCUAGGGGUUACCCUUUCUGUAUUGUGCUCUAACAUUCGGCUAUAUCAUUCAAGUGAUCAUGAUAAUGCGGGUGAUGAGAGAACCAAAAAUGUUGAUGAUAAUUUGAUAAAAGAUGAAAGCUGGGUUCAGUAUCUUACAGAGAGAGCAGCUGAAGCAGUUGUGAACAUUCAGAUUGCUUCCCAAUCAGAUAAAGCUGUGAAUCCGAUAGAUUCAAGUUCUCAAAAUGGUCAUGUAGAUGGUGAUUCACAAGAUGAUAUGAAAUGGAUGGAAACGCUACUCUAUUUCAUCAUCUCAUCAUUGAAGUCUGGGAGGUCCUCUUAUCUCCGCGAUGUGAUUGUGGGACUUCUUUAUCCUGUGAUUUCCUUGCAGGACACAUCAAAUAAGGAUUUGUCAACAUUAGCCAAGGCAGCAUUUGAAUUACUAAAAUGGAUGAUUGUUUGGGAACCUCACCUCCAGAAGGCCAUAACUGUGAUUCUUUCUGCUGCUAAUGAUUCCAACUGGCGAACUAGAUCUGCUACAUUGACAUAUCUGCGUACUUUCAUGUACAGGCACACUUUCAUUCUCUCAAGUUCAAAGAAACAAGAAAUUUGGAGAACAGUUGAGAAGUUAUUAAUAGACAACCAAGUAGAGGUAAGAGAACAUGCUGCAGCAGUUUUAGCAGGCUUAAUGAAGGGUGGAGAUGAAGAACUUGCUAAAGAUUUCCGUGAUCGAGCUUAUGUCGAGGCUAAUAUUGUACAAAAAAGAAGAAAAUCAAGAAACGCAAGCUCUGGUUCAUCUGUAGCAUCUAUUCAUGGUGCUGUACUAGCUUUGGUAGCUUCUGUAUUAUCAGCCCCUUAUGAUAUGCCCAGUUGGUUGCCGGAGCAUGUUACAUUACUAGCCCGCUUUAGCGGGGAACCGUCUCCUGUGAAAUCAACAGUUACAAAAGCUGUUGCAGAGUUCCGGCGGACCCAUGCUGAUACAUGGAAUGUUCAGAAAGAGUUAUUCACUGAAGAGCAACUUGAGAUUCUGGCAGAUACAUCCUCUUCAUCAUCAUAUUUUGCUUGA